AUGGAGGAGACCUUUACCCUUGCUGGGCCUAGGCUGGAUUGGGGCACUGUGGUGAGAGGGCACUGGCUGGUUUGGCUGGGUACGCUCAGGUUCCUGGGUAAGGCCACGUUGGGAGCCCUGGACCUGAUUCAUCUCCCAGUUACGCUUCAGUGUGUGGUAGUCAUGCUCAAGCUCAACGUUCUUGGCAUGAAGAUGGUCAUAUUUCUCGGACAUCUUGGUGACAGCGGAGGCUCUCCAGCUUUGCCUAGAGAUUGGCAUCAGCUAAAGGUUUCCUCUAGGAGGUACCCCCAUGGGGGGUAUGGUGCUGAGUACCAUGGCUAUGUGGAGUGA